AUGCCCCGUGAGUCCACGGACAAGUGGCUGUCGAAGUUGCGCCCGGGGAGACCCCUCCUCGAGGCAUGGAUCCUGUCGGCCAUCAUCGUCUCCAUCUCCAAUGCUCUGGCGCAAGUCAUCGACGCGUACAAGAAAGAGGAGGCAUUUACAUUCGACGUCCCCCGUCUCUUGAGAUUCCUCUGCCUCGACCUCAUCACCGCCCCGCUGAACUACAAGUGGCAGGAGUUGCUCGAGAGGUCGUUCCCCCGGCACGAACGUCCCCCGUCCCGCAAAGACUACCACUCCAUCCCGCUUGAAGACCGUGACGUGGAAAAGGACUCCAACGCCGACGAGGUGGAAGAUGAUGAUGAUGACCACCGUGAGCCCGCCGUCGCCGGAGGGUCAAGUAGUCCGCGGCGGCAGCAGCAACAAUCGCGGCCGCCCAAGCGGACGAAGAAGAAAAGGAAGAAGACGGUGUCAAAGAAGAAUUGGAGGAACAUCUGGACCAAGUGGUUCAUCGACUGCGUCACGCUUGGCGCCAUCUUCAACACGGUCGCUUUCCUGGUCAUCAUGGGCUUUCUGAACGGCCAGCCCGCCAGGAUCCCGCACAACCUGCGCACUCAGACCGUCACCAUUAUCGUGAACGGGUACAAGAUAUGGCCCUUUGCCAACAUCAUCGCGCAUAGUGUGAUUUCCUUUGAGCGCCGGAUCCCGUUCUUCGCGACGGUGGCGCUGUGCUGGAACGUGUACUUGAGUUUGGUGGCGGAGAGACUCUAGAGGAAUCAGCU